CUCCUCUGUGAUUCCAGGGCAGCCCUGCAAGGGAGUAUGAAAGGGGAGAAGGGCUGGAAUGCACCGGAGGGCCAUCAGGUCCAGCCCCCUUGCUCUGUGCAGGCCCUAAGUCAAACCGCCCCUCUCAGAUGCCUGUCCAGUUGCACCUUGAAUGCCUCCAGUGUGGCAGAGCCCACAGACUCCCAGGUAACUGGUCUUUUGCCGUACUGCUCCUACAGUCGGGAAAUUGUUCUUGAUAUCUGUCUGGAAGUGGGCUUCGUGUUACUUGAGGCCUUCACUCCCAUGUUUAAUGCUCGGGGAUCAGCGGGAAGAGCCCCUGCCCUCCUCUGAGUGCCUCCUUUCAAGCACUUGCAGAGCGCCCUCAUAUCCCCACUCAGACUUAUCUUCCUGAAGCUGAGCAUGCCCAGUUCUAGAGGAGGCCUAAACUUCUCUUUCUGCUGUUCUCCUCCCAGCGCUCCAACAUCGCUGUUGUUUUUAGUUGCGACAAGGCUGAGUUGCUCCGAUGCGACACAAGGUGUUCUCUCUCUCAUCCGCCAAAGACUUUGAAAAGAUGGAAGAGUCCAGGCUAGACAGGAGCGAUAUAAAUCAUAGGAUAUGGUAAGAGCUUCAGUGAUCCAGAGAAUCCUUCUGGACAUUAAAAAAUGCAUGAAGGGGACAUCCCAAAUAAAGGCAUGGAAUACAGAAAGAGGGGACAUCUGACAAGGCAUCGAAGAACACACACUGGGGAGAAGCCAUACAAAUGCAUGGAAUGUGAAGAGAGUUUCACUGUGAAUGGAAGUCUUAUUCGGCAUCAAAGAACCCAUACUGGGGAGAAGCCAUACGCAUGCAUGGAAUGUGGAAAGGGCUUCAGUCAGAAUUGUAAUCUUACUCAGCAUCAAAGAACUCACACUGGGGAGAAGCCAUACACAUGCAUGGAAUGUGGGAAGAGCUUCAGUGACAGAGGAGGUCUUAGAGGCCAUCAAAGAACCCACACUGGGGAAAAGCCAUUCAAGUGUAUGGAAUGUGGAAUGUGCUUCAAGAAUAGUGGACAUCUUACUCAGCAUCAAAGAACUCACACUGGGGAGAAGCCAUACACAUGCAUGGAAUGUGGGAAGAGCUUCAGGGUCCAUGGAUAUCUUACUAUCCACCGAAGAACACACAGUGGGGAGAAGCCGUAUGCAUGUAUGGAAUGUGGAAAGAGCUUCAGUUACAAAGGAACUCUUACAUACCAUCGAAGAACACAUACUGGAGAGAAGCCUUACAUAUGCAUGGAAUGUGGGAAGAGCUUCAGUGACAGAGGAGGUCUUAGAGUCCAUCAAAGAACCCACACUGGGGAGAAGCCAUACACAUGCAUGGAAUGUGGAAAGAACUUCAGUCAGAAUUUUAAUCUUACUCAGCAUCAAAGAACACACACUGGGCAGAAGCCAUACACAUGCAUGGAAUGUGGAAAGAGCUUCAGUCAGAAUUGUGCUCUUACUCAGCAUCAACGAACUCACACUGGGGAGAAGCCAUACACAUGCAUCGAAUGUGGGAAGAGCUUCAGGGUCCAUGGACAUCUUACCAUCCAUCGAAGAACACACACUGGGGAGAAGCCUUACACAUGCAUGGAAUGUGGGAAGAGCUUCAGUGACACAGGAGGUCUUAGAGGCCAUCAAAGAACCCACACUGGGGAAAAGCCAUACAAGUGUAAGGAAUGUGGAAUGUGCUUCAAGGAUGGUGGACAUCUUACUCGGCAUCAAAGAACCCACACUGGGGAGAAGCCAUACGGAUGUAUGGAAUGUGGAAAGAGCUUCAGUAAUGGUGGAAGUCUUAAAAGACAUGGAAGAAUCCACACAGGGGAGAAGCCAUACCCAUGCAUAGAAUGUGGAAAGAGCUUCAGUGAUGGUGGAAGUCUUAAAAGACAUCAAAGAAUCCACACUGGGGAGAAGCCAUACACAUGUAUCGAAUGUGGAAAGAGCUUCAGCCAGCAUCAAGGUUUACGGAGCCAUCUGAAAAUUCAUAUUCGGAGCCAUCAAGGAACACAAACUGGGGAGGUAUCUUGAGGAUGGAAACUUAUGAAAAUUCCAGCCCUUUACUCCUUUAGUGUGAAAAAGGCCAUUUCCAUUCUGGUCAUAAUUAGGAGUGGAAUCCAGAAUAGAAUUUCAGGAUCUUAUUCCCUUUGUAGAAAUCUCUGGUGAAACUGCACUAGAAGAAAUGUCUCCUGUUCUGGUUGACACAGCUAAAGACUGACAUUUUGGCGUUGGAGAAAUUACAGGGAAGAGUAGCGAAAUUGUGAAGGAGCUGGAGCUUCUCCACUUCAAGUGGAGGCUUCAAAGUUGGGACUGUUGAAUUGAGAAGAGAGGCGAGUGAGGGGGAACCGUAUUGGGGUUCCUAAGAUCAGACAC